ACCCUAAUUCAAUCUUCGUCCCUUAUUCAAUCUCCGUCCAAAGUGUUCAAUCGCUAUAAGCGGCUAGCAAAAGAGACAGACCCCCCUGCCCUGCAUCGAUGGCAUCUCAUAAAUGGCGGAGCAUCUCAUCAAUGGCGGAGUUUUCAAUUCGAUUGCAACGGAGGACGCACAACGAAGGACGACCAGAAAGAGACACCUCAGGGUCGGCAACGGGGGGGGGGGGGGGGCUUCUGACUAGACAGGGUCAUGGAGUAGGUGCUGUGGAAGGCAGAUUGCGACCACACCCCAGAGGUGGCGAGACCGUCGGGUCGAAUCCUACCCCCGAUGCGACACUCAUCGAACCGAGGAAGGCGGCGUCUGGAAUUUGGAGGACGACAUCAGCUUCCCCUCGGCAGGCUUACCCAACUGCUUGGUGACCUAGGCCCCGUGCUUCUCCUUGUGUGACAGUCCUGAAUUGUGAAUUGAGGAACGACGGAUCCUUUUUGACAGGUCAAGGAGGCAUUUCCAGAAUUGACCGACACAGAGUCAAUAGGACUUAUGGUAAUUUCGAGAUGGAACAACAGCAACACAGACGGGAAAGAGGUAUUGGUAAUUAAAAUGUUCCUUCUUUAUGGUCUGCAUACAAUCUUUUAUCUCAUUCGGAUGGGUUUGAAAUUAUAAUUUUUUUAUCUUUUUGUUUUAAUAUUCUUGAUUACAAUGAUAUCUGUAUUUCUAAAUCAAUAUAUGGUAAUUUAUGUGCUAUUAAAAAAAGAUUAUGUAAGAUCUGAUUUUCUCUAGUUGAUAGGAAUAUCAAAUGAUUUUGAUGCUCUAUUCUUAAAGAGGGUGAUUUUUUAUUAGCCUAGUUUCUUAUCAAGUUGGGCAGAAUUCAACAACAAAUAGUUCACUCUCUUGUUAGCUAGUAGAAUACUCCUAGUUUUUAGUAUAUUGAUGUUUUGUUUUUUAAGCCUUCAUUCUUGAUUUCUUGAUUUGUAGGCCGCUUCUACACUCAAGACAUACUCUAAAUAAUGUCAAUGUUUUCUCAUGCCUUAAAGAGGGUGUGUCUGGUUCCAACGUUCUACUUUUCAAACGUAUUGAAAUUCUUUGGAUAUGCUAUUCAUUGUAUUUUACAUUAUAGCAGAUUCACAUUUUAACUAAUUUGGGUUAGUCUUUACUCAGUCGGGAUCUGAUCUUGCAGAGAAACAAAGAGAUUGAGAUGAUAGCAUUAGUCUGAGCAUCUUGAUCACAUUAAUUUUGACCAUUACUUUACAUUAUGCUCAACCCUUGUUGGAAUACAAUGCUUCAAAAAACUAUGACAAUUUAGUGUAACUUACAAUAUAUGUAUUUUUUGUUGUUUUCAUUUCAUGUUUAAGCAAUGAUGGGUGUAAAUUGUUGUUUUCCGUUUCAGCUCAUAGUUAUUGGAGAGUCUGUAAGUGCAGUCCGGAAGCAGGAAUUGGAUCAAAUUAAACAUCUAUCUAUACAUUUGUUUUUUAUGCAGUUGAAGAAGAGCAGAGCAAGAUGAUGAAGAUGAUGAUGAUGAUAAAAACUAAGCAGAAUGUCUACAGUUUACAUUAAUGUGUUUUCUUGAAGCUAGCUUUUGGGUCUGUCCUUGUUAAAUAAUGUUUUAGUGACUGUAGUUAGUUCCACUUUACGUCUUUACAUGUUAUACAUGGGGAUGUUGUAAAUUAGAUUAAACAAAUUAUUUAAGUAGUUACUCCAUUCAAGUAUUUAAAUAAAAUUAUUUUCAUAUUUUGUGCUAUA